CAACAAGGAAAUUUACCUACAGAAACAGAGCCCAGUGUCAAUGAAGACAACGAUAGUGAAUCUGAAGCAGAGACGAAUAAUAAUGAGCAUUCAGAAGAAGAGAUUACAGCGUCAGUUAGAAACUCCCAAGAGAAGCAAAAAGAUAUCACAACUGUCGUUAGAAGGUCCCAAGAGAAAAACCCACAAACUCAAGCACAGUGUUCGAAUACUGCAGGCAUUAGACCUUCUGAGAAGCGGCAAAAAGUUUCUACAACUACCCUUAAUGAAGCUAAUAAGUGUUUUAUGGAAUAUGUCAAGUCAAAAACCUCAAAAACCAAUUCAGCGAUAGAGAAGCCUAGUCCAGAUCUCCAGUUCCUAACAAGUUUGCUUCCAGAUCUAGCAAAAUUAACUGACUAUCACAAGAGACAGUUCAAAAAAAGAAAACUUGAGUUUCUCGAGAUGAACUUUUGUGUGACGGACCAUCCGCAAAUAACACUAUGAUGGUACCAAUACCAACUCCUAGCCCUGUUUAUUUCAACUACUCAACUCAGUCCAAUGUUUCCACUCAUUCACGCCACUCUUUUUCAACAAGAGAAUAUGGAGAACAACCAACACCUGUACAAACAUAUUUGCAGACUUUUUCACCUGAUAUGUCAGAUGGUCAUGACAGAUCACGCUCUCUUACAGAACUUUAAUGUAGGAAUUGUUUUGUAUUUUAUUGUUUCCUAUUCAUUAAAAUGCCACUUUUUCAAUAUAGUCAGUCGAUUUCAUAUACCUCACCUGAGUGUAAUCAAUAGUUUCUCCUGUGGGGUGAUCGCAUCUCUGUAGUUAGUAUCUUGUUUGGUAAUAUACGGUACUAACAUCUCCAGG